GAUAACGUUUUGAGUCAUGCUGACAUGAGUAUUCGUACUUCAGGUGCAAUGAGGGCUCCAAAUCGUUCCCAAUACAGUGAUCCAGAAGCAUUCCGCAGUUUAAGUUCGUCGUUGUGCAUCGAAACAGUGAAUCGUUGUGUUUUGAGACGUGAUUGUUUAAAAGCUGUUUAGUUAAUGUGUCGCUAUUACCUACAGAUGGAUUGGUUACAGUGUGUGGAUUUGUUUGCACAAUCAACCACUUUAUGAAGUAGGAUUACCAGGUCUUUCGAAAACCAAUGCGAUAACAUAAGCCGAAAUUAGCGUACUACGUCAGUUUGAUAAAAUGUUUCGCUUUACGUGGCAAUUGGUGCGGAGGAACAUCAAGCCUCUUAUCUUGAUAGUGUCGUUCCUGACGUUUAUAUGGCUCAUAAUAGACACAGCACAUCGGCCUGAAUUUGUGCGGCACGCAUCGAAACAUUCCUUCCGAUUUGGGAACAAUGCAAACGAGCCAGCUGAACACUGGUUCGAGCGGACACUUGAACAGUUCCUAGAGUUACUCGAGCUCGAUUCCAACGUUACCGCAGACGAGAGCCGGAACAGUUUCGAACCAUUGAAUUGUCCACGAUCCAAUACGCUGUUCACUGCGUUUACGGGGAGCACACUAGAGGAAAGUUUGUGGCAUUACUUUUCGCUGGUGGCCAUACAAAAUAGCAUUAAGACGACAUCGGAAGAAUAUCAAGCACAAAUUAUGCUGACUAAUGGAACAUCGGUUGAACUGGGGACACUGUUUGAAAGUCUUCCGUUUGACGUGAUUCGUAUGAAUAUCAUUUGGUGCUAUAACUUUCCUGAUAUGAACAUUUUGAACAGUGACACAGCCAUUCAGAUUGACAAAGGCGUUAAGCAGCUAUUCAUACUCAAUAAUCAAGCUAAACGAUUUGAAGAAAUCCUAAAAGUACCAUGGGAACAACAGACUCAGUUCUUUAGGCUUCGAGCGGAUGCGGAGCGUAUGGCCCAAAACGUAUUGGGAGACAUUCGCCAGCGUUCUAAACUGUACGGCGAUGAGGAAGACGUAAAGAAUCUUCAGUUUGUUGGCUUACAUGUUCGGGAAGACGACGAGCUGCCCUAUGAAUACUACUAUCGUGCCAUGACGUUUCACCGCAAAAUGCACGAUACGGGCACACUUAUGUUUGUGGCCAUUUGUGAAAAUCCCAAGAGCACUGUAUGCAGCACGUUGGAUGCGCAAAGCGAGCGCGUGGAAGUGAUUGCGGAGCAUGAUGAGCUUGACGUUGAUUUUGCAUUGCUGAAGUCUUGUAAUCACUCUAUUCUAUCUAGUGAACUCGAUAUCUUUCCAGCAUUGCUUCGUGGUUCCGGCAAUGUUGUAGUGUAUGGUGAGCAAAACGAUCGUAGUCGGUACGCUAUUAAAUUGGCUAGCUUUAAGGAUAACUGGUACAACAUUGUUUGAUAAAGCACCGCAUGCAAUGCGAUAUGGAAAAGUUGUAAAGAUUUAGUGAGUGUACAUUUGAGCUUCGACCACAGUUUUUUUACAUGAUUAUUUUAAAAUCAUCUACAUCCCAAUUUUUAAAAUUGGAUGUAAAUUACACAUAGUAAUUCUAAGAUGAGGUAUUCUUAACCAUAAACAUGUUUUUUACAGUUUAGCUGCUCUCCAAAUAAUAUCAAAGGAAAAACCAGAUACCAAAUAUAGUUAACAGAAAAUACCAACGAUUUAGAUUUUGAUAUGAAAUGAAAUUGCGGUGAUGAAUGUUAAACAUGACAGAGGCAUUUAAGACAAUAUCGUUUUAUAAAAAUAAAUGGCUGAGCAGUUCACCAAUGAAA